AUGAUUUAUAUUGAAACUAAACAAAAUCCUAGGAGUGAUCAAGGACGAACUGAAAGAUACGAGCCAUUGCUUUCUUUACAUUCGAAGGUUGAUAACGACGGCAAACAAUUAGAAAAACAAUCGAAUUUUGAUGCCAUACUUACUACUCCAAAUCGUGAGAAAUCACAGAAGUUAUCAAAUAAACGUCGAGGAGAGAAAUCAGCAUGGAAUAAACGACGAAGAUGCUGUUGCUGUUUUUGCCAUCCCUUGUGCUGUGUAUUGUUGGCAUUUGGUGUUAUUUUGCUAGCGGCACUUUUGAGUGCAUUGAUUCUUGGCAUUCUAUCCAUAAAAUCUGGCUCUGCAAGUACAACAUCAACGACAACAUCAACAGUAACAACAACCACAACCACAACUACAACUACAACAACAACCACAACUACAACUACAACAACAACCACAACUACAACUACAACAACAACCACAACUACAACUACAACUACAACAACAACCACAACCACAACUACAACUACAACAACAACCACAACCACAACUACAACUACAACAACAACCACAACCACAACUACAACCACAACAACAACCACAACCACAACUACAACUACAACAACAACAACUUCUACUGCUGCCUAUGGAUCAACCUAUCAAUGUAUGGGUAUUGGUGCUAUAUUGCAUAAUAUUGGCUAUUGUGUAGCAUUCGCUACAGAAUCUUCUUGGAAGGGCAAACUGUCUGUUUAUGAUUUUGAAGAGUAUGUAACUGAUUACGCUGAGCAAUGUUGA